AUGACCAUAACCAUCAAACGAAAGGCACCUUCAGCUGACCCGCCUCCUCCUUCAACAGCAAUUCCUUCAACUCUACCUCCAUCCGUCGAGGAAGCAUACCGACGAAAAUGCGUCCAGCUCAAGAAUCGCACCAACGAGGUUGAGGAGGCCAACGACGCCGCUCGUCUUCGCCUCGCCCGCAUAAAACGCCAGGUCGAGAAGAUGCGAGUAGAGCGCGCCUUCUUGCUAGAACAGCUUGCAAAGCGCACAAGCGCAAACGUCGAAGAUUCAGAUGGCAGUCCUAGUCCGCCUCCAACAGACUACCAAUUCAACACACCCAGUGAGUUAGCUGCUAACCACCAGAAGCCAAAAGAUAAGCCUUUGCGUACAAAGCGAGGCCAUCGCAAGUCCAUGAUGCCCGAUGCCGAUGCCAAGACACCCGCCGGUGCAUCCUUUGCCAAUGCUGCUGGCUCUCCUACGUCCGAUACCUUUUCACACCCACCUGAAAGUCAAGCCAAGUCAGAGCAUGCAAAUGGUGUCUCUUCGCAUGAUGACAAGAAGCCUGCCAGUGCCUUCGAGCUAUACUGCAUGGACAGACGGCCUGAUCUUGAGAACAAGGACAAGGACGGUGACGGAAACAUGAACAUCGACGAUGAGCUGGCGCAGAUGUGGAAGUCACUUCCUGAAAGUGAGAAGGAGGAAUUCGAAGCGAGAUAUGAAGAGAUCAAGAGUGCCGAAGCAAAGAAGUCUCCUGUGCCGGAAAAGAGGGAGGACAAGCCUAGCGAAUCCAAGUCUGCAGCCCUCGAUGAGGAUGUCGAGAUGGGCGAUGAUACCGAGGACCAGGACACCCAGGCUGGUGAGAAGGCUGAAGACUGA